AUGGCAGGAUCUAACGUUAAAGUUGUGGUGAACAAGGACACUAGGGACAAGUUUGCACGAAAUUCGCCGACUUUGAAUCAUCUGUACAAGUAUCCUGCGGUUUCGAAGACGCUGAACCAGGUGGUGUCGCUUCCCGUGGUGUCGCAGGUGCUGUCGCUGUUUAUCUUGGCAGCGUUGAAGGUGAAACACGCGUUGGUGGACUCUGAACGGUCACCCCGGUUUGUUAAGGUGGCUUAUGGCUCUUUGAGUGAGAUGAGUCUGAGGCUGGACGAGUUGGUGAAUCUGCUUUUGUUCCGCGAGGGCAUCGAUGCGUUUAUGAAGGGCUGGUCCGCGCACUCGAAGAAGCCCGGGUUCUGGUUGGUGUACUUCUGGAUCGACUACGUGGCAAACGUGUCGAACAUCCUGUUGAACCAGUUUGUGGUGCAGCCCUUCAAGUUGGGCGUCAAGGACAAGGGCGCUGAGACGAGCUCGGGCGCUGAGACGACGCCGGGCGACGAGAGUCUUCCCCAUGUGUCGCAGCUGACCAGCACGACCAAGAGCAUCUCCAAGGAGCUGCACGACAAGCUGCAGGCGGACUACAUCGCCCCCACGGCGGACUUUGCCAAGCAGAAGUACGAGUCGCUCGUCAAGCCAACCGCAGAGAAGCUGAACUCCGAGUACAUCGAGCCCACCAAGGCGCAACUGAGCAACAUCACCAGGCCCACGCGCGCACACGCCAUGGAGACCUACAAGACCGUCUCCGCGACCUACGAGAGCAAUCUGAGCAAAUCCGAGAGCGUGCCUCGCGCGAUCGUGAGCACAGGCAUCGAUCUCAAGAAUCUGACCCUGGAGAACUUGAAAUCCAACAGGACAGAGCUCGAAAAGGACGCCCAGGAGGCCAUCGAGCACAAGAAGGAAACCCUUGGACAGGCUGCCGAAGAAAAAGUCGAUUCUCUCGGUAACACCGUGGGCUAG